AUGGCAACCAUCACCAAGGUCCAACUGGGACAGUUGGAACUACAAGGGAAGCUGGAGACUCUCAACUUCUCAGCUCUAUCGUCGCUCCGUGUUCUCAACCUCAGUGACAAUAAUUUCCAUGGACCCAUCUCUGAAGCCAUUUCAGCUCUCUCUAAGCUCAACAUCCUUUAUUUCUCUACUAACAGUCUCACAGGUAUCAUCCAUUCAAAGGUUGGCAAUUUAACUAGGCUCAUGACCCUGAUGCUCUUUGAGAAUCAAAUAAGUGGCUCCAUACCUCCUUCUUCUGAAAAGCUUAUGAACUUGAAUUUAGUAGACAUAUUUAUGAAUUUCUUAGUCAGUUCCAUCCCUCUAGUUUUUGGAAACAUGACCAAACUCAAUUUUUUAUAUUUAUGGAGAAAUAACCUCACUGGCUCCAUCCCUCAUGAAAUUGGCAAUAUGGUGAAUCUCAAGGAAUUAGAUAUCUCAGGUAACAAUAUAAUAGGUUCCAUUCCUUCUAAUAUAGUAAAACUGACCGAACUCAAAUACCUUUCCCUUUUUGUGAACCAAUUGUAUGGUUCUAUUCCUAGUGAAAUUGGAAAUCUAGUGAACUUGAAAGAUUUUGAGAUAUCUACCAACCAAAUAACUGGUCCCAUCCCACAAAGUAUUGGAAACCUAGCUAUGCUUGAAAUUUACUACCUAGAUAACAAUAAUGUAAAUGGUGCCAUUCUUAUCAAGGGUGGGAAUCUAGUAAACUUGAGAGAUUUUGAUUUAUCUGACAACCAAAUAACUGGUCCCAUCCCACAUAACAUUGCAAACUUGUCCAAGCUCAAAACAUUUUACCUAAAUAACAAUAACAUAAAUGGCCCCAUUCCUAGUGAAAUUGGGAAUCUAGUGAACAUGAGAACUUUUGUAAUAUCUUCCAACCAAAUAACUGGUUCUAUCCCACAUGACAUUGGAAACUUGAGCAAACAUGAGACUUUUGGCUUGAAUCAAAAUAACAUAAAUGGCUUCAUUCCUCCUUCUCUUGGAAGUUUGAAAAGUAUUACUAAGCUAACUUUAGCUUACAAUCAUCUCUCUGGCUUAUUGCCCACUGAAAUGGCAAACCUCGCAAGUUUGAAUUAUCUUGACUUAUUCAGCAACAAUCUUUUUGGUAAUCUACCACCAGAUUUGGCAAAAGGAAGUAUGCUUCUGUAUCUUGCUUUGGGAUACAAUAAUUUCCAAGGUCCUAUUCCAAUAAGUGUGAAAAAUUCAACAAAAUUAGUCAGGGUUCGGCUUAAAAGAAACCAAUUCACUGGAGAUAUCUCUCAAAGCUUUGGUAUUCAUCCACAUUUGGGCUAUAUUGAUCUAAGCUUUCACAGAUUGUAUGGCACUUUAUCACCAUCUCGGGGAUCAUGCCUUAACAUAACAAGCCUUAAAAUAUUAUACAAUAGAAUUAGCGGAAAAAUACCAUUGGAAAUUGUUCAAUUGCCAAAGUUGCAUCAACUUGACAUCCCUUCCAAUAAUUUGGCAGGAAAGAUCCCAAAGGAACUUGGAAAAUUAUCUUAUUUAUAUCUCUUGAACAUGAGCAACAAUCAUCUUUCUAGAAUCAUACCACCAGAAAUUGGGGAUCUAUCUUCAUUAGAAGCUCUAGAUCUAUCAAGCAACAAUUUGAGUGGAAAAAUACCAAUGCAAUUGCAAAAUUGCACUAAAUUGAACUCACUCAAGUUGAGAAGUAAUGAACUAAGUGGAGAUAUCCUUUCUCAACUUGGCAAUUUGAACAUGCAUGAAGUUUUAGAUCUGAGUGAUAAUUUAUUCACAGGAGAAAUACCACCCCAACUUAGCAAGCUAAUGGACUUGCAAGAGUUGAAUCUAUCACAUAAUGAGUUGGUUGGUCACAUUCCAAAUUCUUUUCAAUUCAUGAUAGGCUUGACAUUGUUGGAUUUAUCAUAA